AUGUCGCGAUCGCAAUCGGGGCGCGCGGGAGCCGCGAGCGCGCCGCGGAUCGCGAUGCGGGCGCGGGAGGGGGAGACGAAUGUCGUCGUCGUCCGAACGGAGCUCCUCGCCGAGUGCUCUCGGAGGCGAUACUUGGCGCUGAGCGAGGGGUUGAAGAGUCGUUUCGCCGGGGUGGACGUGGGCACGAGGGUGCGGUUCAGAAAGCUGUGGCGGCGAUUGCUCGUGCACGUGCAGAUGGCGAUGGCGAUGUCCAAGGCGCUCACGAGACUGGAGCUGUUGCGGUCCGUCGACGAAGGCGGACACGGGCUCGAUCUCGGUGGCGUCGCGCUCAUUGCGAUGUACGAGGCGUACGCGAGGCAAAUCGAUGAAAAAUUGAAUCGGACGAUGCAAGAGUCGCUGCAGCGGGCGAUGGAGACCAAGGUGGCAAAGGAUGAGGUCAUCGCUCGCUCGAUGCUCGAACUUGGCGGUGCAGCCGAGGGAACCGCCGAGGGAUUCAACUCUAUAGCCGUCAUGCGCGCCCUGAGAAAACACAAUGCAUUGAAGCCGAAAAGAAGACAGUUUACGGCUGCGGAGGGGGAGAUCGGGGUCGAUCACACGCGAUUGUUGUUUCUCAUUUCGAUUUACACGUCGACAUCAAACGUGAACGUGUUCCCUAACGUGCAAGAGAAUAACGAGCUCUGGGUCAGAAAGACGCAGCUUUUAGUGAUACUGUACGAGUGUAUUCGUUCGGGCGCUCUCAAUUACGAUUACGCGCCGAUGGCGGAGACCAUGGGUGCGAAGCGUGUCUGGCUGAACGUCACUCAAGAAGGCGUCGAUGAUCUCGAUGACAUGGUCCAGGCUGGAUUGCUCUGCAGCUUGCGAAUGAGUUCGAAGAAAUACAACACAACCACGGCAUACAGGCUAACGAAAGAGGGAUACUUGCAUCUAAAAGCGAACUUGCGUCGUAAAGACAGGCAGGCAAUUGAAGAGGUGGUUUACGCUGAAAAGGCAAAUCCAUCGCCGAGCAAUUUGUACCUCGUUCAGUGGGAUGAAAAAGGCAAGGUCUUCAACCUAGUCACCUCGUCCGGUCGAUCGAAAGAGAGUCAAGUCACCGAGAUAGAAGAGGUGUCGUACGUUUCCUCUCCCUUUAUCCCAAGAACGAUGCGCCAUUGGGGUCGUGAGUGUGUUAGCAAUCAAAGCAAGACAGCUACGCUUGCCAAAGCAACGGGUACUAUUCGGGAUGAGCUGGACGAAUUACUCUCGUUGGAUAGAUUACGUUUGCUCGUAGGCGAAUGGAUUCCAAUGGGUGCUAACCAAGUGCUUAGUCUGAAUGAAAAGCUUGGGUCGACCGAACGCAUCUCAGGUGGGUAUUUCACCAGCGAGAUGGACCAAGAUCCGAGCAAUCCUUGCCUUCAAGGUAAAGUUGACGGUCUUACCAGGGUCAACGUGUUAGAUUUCGAUGAAACUGCGUAUGUUAACUUUGAGGCAGAGGUGUCGUACGAAGAAGAGCCUGGGAUUGUUCAGAUAGAAAAUUUUGGAGUUCACGUCAGUGAAGAAGGAUUCUUGGUGUAUGGACUGACGGUUGACGGUCUUAUGAAGUCGGUGGACGGGGACAACUUGUCGCUCGAUAACCUAGCCCGUUUACUUCGUGAUGUUGGUAGCGACUCGAGCGAGGUUAUUAAUAACUUGCUCACCGAACAUCAGCAGGCACUGCUAAAUUUGACAUACAUGGGGAGCACGAUGGAUCGUGAAAAGUUUAACGUCUUCUUCACCAGCAGAAUCAACAAGAAGGGUCAGGAAGAAAUGUCGAUGGCGCACGAAUUACUUGACAUGGAGGACCAAGAGAACGAAAUUCGCCAAAUUGUCGGCGAGGUCGAGUGUGGUUUCCAGCUUUCCCGAGACGAUGAGAUCGUCAUAAUUGGUUCAACAGGGAUGAUUCUUUGCUCAAAAGAAUGUGAAAAGUUUGAGCCUCUUGUCCUGCAAUACAUGUCGAUGAAGUCGCGCGAGCUGUUCAUCCAUGCGCUUUAUCGAAGAACGUUCGUGAUAAUUGACAGUUUGCGCGAGAUAGAGCAACUCAUCCGGGAUCACGACGCUGAUCCAAACAACAUCUUCACAAUUCGCUCUCUCAUUUCGGAUGUCACGGCGGACAUCAUCUUGAUGCGAGAAAUCCAGAGCUAUUUGCUUGAGUCCCUUACGGAUCCGGUCAGUAUUAAUCUCGAAGGAAAGGCAAUGACGAGAUUGGCGAAGGUUCUGCAGCUCGAUGACACGAACCAGCGUCUGGAGCGACGCAUUCGAGACAUGCGCAAAAACUUGGACGGAGCGAGUGGGGAGUUGCGUUCUUUGAAGAGCGCAGCCGACGUCAUCACGGGCAACAAGGAGUUCAAGGUGAACGAGAACGUUUCCAACAACACGAAGAACCUUGAAGAAGUUUUCCGUGCGAAUGAACGAGCCUCAACGUCGCUCGAAAUCAUGCAAGUUGUCUUGGCUGGUUCUCUUGCGUUCGCAAUUUUAGAUCGCUUCCACGGCUUGUACAUGGGCGUGGCCGGGGACAUUGAUUGGGCGAUUAAAGCCUUCGACUGGUAUUUGCAAACCCCAAUGGUGAUGUUCAUCAUCAACAUGACGUGGUGGUUCAUAUUGGGCACUCUAUUCAAACGAAUGAUCAAAUAUGCUGGCGUCAAAUCAGCGGGAAUCCUAUCCAUCAGAUACACGACCAACUGCAGAUUCAAUGUCAGGGCGAUGCAAGCUUUCUUGCAAAUCGCAAAGCCAGAGAUGGAGGAUAGUGAGUCCGAUGUUGGGAUGAACCUGAAAAAAUUCACUUGGGAUGAGACGGAUGAGAUCAGGUGGAGAGGCCGACCUCCAAAGAUUGAGAUUAUUGUUGACCUUAAAAACAGCUUCUUGCUCAGCGUCUUCAUUCAAAUCGCCUCGAGGCGGAAUAAGUGCACGCAUGCUGAUGCAAAGAGACAACUCUUUGCACGUCUUCGGGAGUUUGGCCUCAUUUCCGGUCACGUUGAAGGUUUAGAGACCAAGAAAGAGGCUGAGUACGUGUAUCGUGCGCCGCGUUUCACCAGAGGACAGAAGUGGCAGAUGUGGUGGCGUCAACUCAUCGAAGAGACUCGCUUCUUUCUCACAUGCUGA